GACAACCGCAGACACGCGAGGCACGUGCACGCACGCAACUGCCGGAGGCGGCCGGCGUGGGGGAGCAAAGCAACUCGACCAGCCUCGCCGCUCCCGGCGGCCGACGGAUCACGGACGGAGGAAAUACAAAGUAAAAAUUAGGGCUUCCGAGGUUUCCUUCUCUUCCCCUGCUUCCCUUGCGUUCACGUCACUUCUGUCUGCUCUGCUCUGCUCCUCCCCCGUUCGUUCACUGCAAAGGAAGCGGUAAAGAAGUCGGAAUCUCGGGGACCCCUGGUCUCCUCUCCUGUUCAGGGUAUCCGAAGUCACUUCCGUCAGGAUGCAGGGGGCUCACACUCAGCUAGGCUCCCACACGAUUCAGACUCAUGGAGUGAGAUUGGUCAGAAAGCACACACACGACUGGGUGGUUCUGAUUCUUCUAGCUGCACUUGUGAUUGGGCUGCAUUAUGCUCCCCCGUUCAAGCGAUUCGUUGGGGAGGAUAUGAUGACUGGUAUUAGGUACCCAGUGAAACCAAGCACUGUGCCAGGAUGGGCUGUUCCAAUAAUAUCUAUGCUGUGUCCUUGGGUCAUCUUCAUAUGCAUAUACUUUGCCAGGAGAGACGUUUAUGAUCUGCAUCAUGCAACACUAGGUCUUCUCUUCGCCGUGCUCAUAACUGCGGUUUUCACUGAUGUGAUCAAGGUUGCAGUAGGGAGACCUAGGCCAGACUUCUUUUGGCGAUGCUUUCCUGAUGGAAAGCAGUUAUAUGAUCAGGUGACUGGUGAUGUGAUUUGCCAUGGUGAGAAAAGCUUCUUAACUGAUGGGCGCAAGAGCUUUCCUAGUGGCCACACUUCGUGGUCUUUUGCUGGUCUUGGAUUUUUGUCACUUUACUUGUCUGGCAAAAUUAAGGCUUUUGAUCGCCAAGGACAUGUGGCCAAACUUUGCAUUGUGAUCCUUCCUCUUCUUCUUGCUUCACUUGUUGGGAUUUCCAGAGUAGAUGACUAUCGACACCACUGGGAGGACGUGUUUGUUGGUGGCCUUAUUGGAUCUAUUAUGGCAGUGCUGUGUUACUUGCAUUUCUUUCCUCCUCCGUAUCAUGAUCAAGGUUGGGGACCAUAUGCAUACUUCCAAAUG